CGAGAAACAAUGUUUAUGAAGGUUCGGUUUCAAGGAGUACAUACUAAGUAUAGAUCGAAGACUUCGUUCAUACAUUCAUAGAACAAAAAAAAAUUUCUGGAUUUAUCCAAUUCUUUAUGCUAAAUUACAAAAUCUUUUUAAGAGCAGUAACGUAAACAUAAUGGCCUAAAUAGUACUUCUGAUUUUCUCCAAAACCUUUCGCUGGCGAAAACCAGCUUGUACUCGUACUUUACGUAUAGAAAUGAGUAAAAAGCAAACUUCUUCUGUACGAGAUGCAAAUUUCUCCAUCAACGAAACGUUUGGAGGCCGUUUAUUGAAGGAAGAAGAUGAAGUUUUUAAUUAUAAUGCCUGGGAUCAUGUAGAAUGGGAUGCAGAGCAUUUGACCAUGGCUGAGAAAAGGAUUGCUGAACAAAAGGAAAAUCCUGUUGCAAACAAGGAAGAGUAUAUGGAAAAUCCGAACCAGUAUUGGGAUAGAUUCUAUGAAAAAAAUGAAGGAAACUUCUUUAUGAAUCGAAGAUGGAUUGCUCAGGAAUUUCCGGACUUACUUCAACUCGUGCAACCUGACAUUGGACGAAAGGUACUGCUUGAAGUAGGAUGUGGUGCUGGCAAUACCAUUUGGCCUAUAUUAGCAGAGAAUAAAAACAAAGAACUCAAGGUUUACCCAGUGGACUAUUCCAAAAAGGCAAUUGAUGUCGUGUAUCAAAACCCUCUCUACGAUCCUAAUCAUUGUCAUGCAUCUGUGUGGGAUUUAGCUGGACCAACCUUGCCAGAAGGACUUUCCGAAAAUUCUGCAGAUGCAAUUACCUUGAUAUUUUGUUUUUCGGCGCUUUCGCCUGAUCAAUGGGACCAAGCGGUCGACAAUUUGUAUCGAGUACUAAAGCCUGGGGGAGUUAUAUUUUUCCGUGAUUAUGGACGUUUAGAUUUGACACAAUUACGAGCGAAAAAAAAUAGGUACUUGGAUGAGAAUUUCUAUAUUCGUGGAGAUGGCACCCGUGUUUACUAUCUUGAGAAUGAUGAGAUUCAAAAAAUUUUUGGAUCAAAGUUUGAAAUUUGUCAAAACGGAGUCGACAAAAGACUAAUCGUGAAUCGUAAGAAGAAAGUGAAAAUGUAUCGUUGCUGGCUUCAAGCGAAGUUCGUAAAACGAUAAUGCUUGGAAUUGCAAUCUUUUGUGAAAUUACAGAGGUAUUAAAACUAAAAUGGUUAGGUGUCUUUUUUUAUAUAAAAUUCAAAUUUAUUCCUUCUAAUGUACAACAUCA